CUCAGCAGUCGACAUUCGGCAACCUGAGAAAAUAAACUUAAAGCAAAGUUACAAAACACUAACAAAAAAUCUGUAUAGUAUAUGAAGUGGUGCAUUUGAUUUAAUAAUUUAUUAGAACUUAUCCACUGACUCAUAGAUUAGAUUAUAUUCGUAAAAUAAAAAUAUUCUCUGUGUCUGAAUAAUUUAUCGUAACUCCACUUGCGUUUGACUGGAUGCAAUAAUACAAAUAAAAUAUAAUUUAUGUACGAUUAAACAAUGGUUUCCAGCGAAGAAGAGUCCGAAUUAAAAGCUAACGAUGUUGUGGAAUGGGAUGUUGAAAUGGAAAUACAACUAUUUUACGCAAUGGCAAAUCAUAAACCAGUCGGUAUAAACAAACAUUUUCAUAUGGCUUGUAUUUGGGAAAAGCUAUCCAAUUCUAUCACGAAAGAGGUAUCGACCAAAGAUAUUUGGAAACAUUUAGAGUCUCUUUACGAAAUUUCUCUGUUAGAUGACACAGAAAGAAUACCGUUCCCAAAUCAAGAAGUGGCAUUUAGUUUGCCUGAGAAUGAAUUUGGAAGUUUGAUUAAGCAGAAAUGCAAAGAGUCUGUGUUAACUGACGAUAGUGAAGAUGGCCGCAGCCCCUCUCCAAAACUAUCAACACCCAGAAGCACAUCCAAAGAUUCUACACCAAAAGGUAUGCGAAAAGACAGUAUCAGUGCACUAGCAACCAAAACUCGCAAAGAAAGUGGUAGUUCUCAUGCCUCAACUGACACACCUAGCAUCAAAUCAGAGAAGGAUUAUGACCGAAGAAGAGACUCUAGGGAUUCAAAUGCAUCAGGCACUCGCGACAGUUCAACUAGUAGGAAAUCAACAUCACAGAGAGAUAAAACAUCCAAGUCUAAACUUAGCUCUGUUUCAGUUUGGGAUUCGCCUCUCAUAGACGAAGAUGGUGGAUCUCGCCGCGGUCGCCGACGAGCUAAUACCUCCACCCCGCCUGCAACGACGCCGGCGAAGCGUCGGCGCACUUGACACACGCAUACCCACUCGUACCAUCACUUCUUCUGACAUACGCGCCCCUGGUGGGGACACCGGACCCACCCGGGACGGGGGGAUAGAAGAAGUCGCGCAGUUAAUGUGUUCUUCACAUAGUGUACCUUUUUUGUUCUGCGCAUUUGCAUCAUACGCUGUACCAAACAAAAAUGUAGCAUUAUAUAUGUCAUUCCAUGAACUAAGAUAUCAUGCCUCUCAUUGUAACUGCCUAAUGCUUGCACCUUACAAUCGAAACAUUUAAAUAAUAGCGUCUAAAAGCCACGUCGUCUUAUCUUCAUUGAAUAAAAAAUUAUGAUGAGUUGUAAUGUGAAGUCACUUGUAGAUUUUUUAUUGUAGUUUCAAUAUAAACAAUCACUAGUUAGUUUUCUAACAAUAUAUAACAUCGUUUGUACACAUGAAUAACUACGAAUUGCUAACUACAAGUAUAUCAGGACUAUAAUCUUAAAUUUUCAUGUUUGUCAUUAGAUGAUUAGUAUGAGAUUAUUCUAAUGUGCACUAAUACAUAUUUUUUAAAUUAUUCCUUUUCCAAUUCAAUUUGAAUGAGAAAUUUUAUGAGUAAUAGUUUUCAUACA